CAAAAGCGCAACCCAGCUCUGUAGACCAAGUCCCAAAAGUCCAUAAAAGAAGAGUCUCGAGCUCUAAAUUAGACUGUAGCAGUUUGGUCUGUGGGUCACAUACCCCAGUACACAAAUAAUUGUACCAUUUUCGAGCUCUCUACCUGUAGAACAAACCCAAAACUUCCCAUUCUGAUCAGAUCUUCCCUUGCUAGAUUUGAAAAGUCUUUAAGUUUUCGAUCAAAAUACAGCGAUUUUGUCAAUGGUUUCAGAAAAAAAACUGGCAAACGCUGUUGGUGGCAAAACGGCUAGAGCCUGUGAUAGUUGCAUAAGAAAGCGAGCUCGGUGGUACUGUGCCGCCGAUGAUGCUUUCUUAUGCCAAACUUGUGAUGCUUCUGUGCACUCGGCGAACUCUUUGGCUCGUAGACACGAAAGGGUUCGUCUCAAGACGGCAUCGAUCAAACCCUCGGAGGAAGCUCCAAUAGAGAAUUCUUCUUCACCAUCAUGGCACCGUGGGUUCACCAGAAAAGCUCGAACGCCCCGACAUGGAUCGAGGAAACCAAAAACCGAAGAGCUAAUACGAUACCCACUUCAUUUAGUGCCGGAGCUAGGCAGUGAUGAGAAUUCACAUGAAGAAAGUGACGAGCAGCUUAUUUAUAGGGUUCCAAUUUUCGAUCCAUUUGUUGCAGAACUAUGCACUUCUGCGAAUCAAAAUGAAGUGGGAACGAGAGUUAACAAUGAUUCAGAGGCUAAAGGUGUUGUUGGGGAUGAAUCCAAAGCUAUGUUACAUGAUUGUGGACCUCAUGAUUUGAAUGGUUUUAAUGGGUUUCUUCCUUCUGAAAUGGAACUUGCAGAGUUUGCAGCUGAUGUUGAAAGCUUACUGGGAAAAGGUCUGGAAGACGAAUCAUUUGAUAUGAAAGGGCUAGGGCUUUCGGAUUGCCGAGAGAAGGACUCAAUGGAGGGCUCUUCAAGUGGAAAAGUGAAGGUUGAAGAUGAAGAAGAAGCUGAAGUUGCUAUGGCUAACCAAGUUGAUUUGGAGAUUGACAUGGCACGAGAACCAUUUGAGCUGAAUUUCGACUUCAAUUCUCCGGCGACAUACGAGGAAUUCGACGAUAAGGUCGGAGCUGAAGGGACCACUGUGAAGAAUGAUGAAGAUUGUGAAGUGGGUGACAUGACCAAGAAGAAGAUUUUAUUGAGGCUUGAUUAUGAGGGUGUAAUCACAGCCUGGGCCGACCAAAGGUCUCCGUGGACCACCGGUGAACGGCCGGAAUUGGACCAUAUUGGCUAUUGGCCUGAGUUCAUGGUAGGUCUUAUUUUGGGGUCGCUUACAUAUUGUUCAUUAGUUAAUGCAUGACACUUCGUUAGUCAUUCCCUGAAAGAGAGACUAUUAAACAUGCAAAUCAAUCGGAACUCAUACACUAUAUAUCCAACUCAUACUUCAAAAUUCCCACUCUUGGCUAAUUUGUAAGAAGAACAUAUGUGAGACAGAAUAAAUGUUUGAGAGAUGAAAUUGUUAGGAAUUAACUUCUUUAACCAAGAAUCCGAUAUGCAAUAACAAAAGAAAAGACAAACAUACAAAAAAUCAUGCACAAGAACACAUAGUUUUACUUGAAAAAUUCAAAUUUGAAAGAAAAAAACAAGGAGUCGCAACCAAAUUAACUAUGAAACGAACAAAAUACAAAGUGAAAUAUAUAUUAGGUUGUGGUGGAUAUAAGCAUAUAGCGUUAGGGAUACAACUUACAAACAAGAGUGACAGCAUUAAAAUAGUAUCUUUUUACUAGAAGUACCAAUUUUUACCUACAUUUUUGGCGAUGGAUAGGUGAGAUGUCUAGUACUAUUUAUGUACAGUAAUUGUGAAAGUCCUUAUUAAACAUAAUUGUCAAUAAUUUCUCAAAUCUUAGUGGUGAGUUGACCCCCCUUUCCGAGCCUUUGCUACUCUUAGAUAUGCCAUUAGGGUCACGUACACUAGAUCGCUGUGGCCGGAGAUGUGCAUGAAAUAUUGAUGAAUUCAAAUACUAACAUGUCAUUAUCAAGAAGGGGCUUGUAUUGACUAUUGAGAUUAACAUGGUUUUAUGGUGAAAUUUGUAGGGUGCUUGUGGGGCAUUUCAUCAUCCCUAUGGAGAUGUAGGAAUAAUGAGCGGACACAAUACAACGGCGGAUAGGGGGAGAGAAGCCCGAGUUCUAAGGUAUAGAGAGAAGCGUCGAACCAGAUUGUUUUCGAAGAAAAUAAGGUAUGAGGUGCGGAAAUUGAAUGCAGAGAAAAGGCCUAGAAUGAAAGGUAGGUUCGUUAAGAGCUCCAGUUUUGCUGGACCAAGGUUUCCUUUGCUUGGCAAAUAACUCCAACUUCAAGUUCACAAAUUCAUUAAUAAGCCCGGUGUUUGUACAAAUUCUGCAAAUAAUUAGCAAUGCUAUGAAAAUUUUGCUUAUCCUUCUGAGAUACUCUCUCUCUCUCAAAUUACCAGCAAUCCUACCACUUUUGAUAUAGGUUGGAGGACAAUCACCAUUACCACCAAACUAAACAGAAAGUUGUCAAAAUAUUAUAAUUAGCUUUUAUGUUGUUUAUUUUUUCCUAUUGUGCCCGCAAAGGAGCACACACUGGUCCAACGCAAACA